CUCUUCUUGGCGAGCCAGCCGCAUGCCUCCCCGGCUCCCUCUUCUGGCUGCCAGCGCCACAACCCCCUCGCUCCGUCGCUCGUCUUCCUCCUCGCGCGAGCGCCGCCACCGCCGGUUGGUUUCCCCUUCGAUUCUCUCGCUCCCGACCGUUUCUCCUCCCCACACCCUACGAACGGAUGCGCCCUUUAGCUCCCCGUUUCAUCUCAAUCUUCCCCAAUUCGUAACUGAGGCAAAAGUCAAGGUAGGGCGGCCGCCUUACCUUGCCCUACUGGGUCCUCCGCCUGUGGUUGCUUUGAUCCAGUUUGCAAUGACAGAGAUGAUGACAGAAUUGGAUAUGGCAGAAGCAGAUAUCACGGAGAAGUCCUCAAAACUUACAGGGACAUGCAUUGUAGCUGGUGAUGAAGGUUUCCGUAACCCUGAGUCUCGCAGGAAAAAGGCCAUUAAAAAUGCUGGGACUGCAACAGCAUCUGUAAGUGAGUUGAGUAAGGAACCUGAUGGCAACCAAUCAAUGACAGAAGCAAGAGUACGACCAGCCGAUGCCAAUUCUCAGGAACUAUCUUCAGGUAGUAUUGAAAAGAAUAUAGAGGAACCUGUUGCCAACCAAUCAGUGACAGAAGCAAGAGUACAACCAGCCAGUGACAAUUCUCAAGAACUAUCUUCAGAUAGUAUUGAAAAGAAUACAGAGGGACUGUUGGAAGAUGAACUGGAUAUACAGACGAAUUCUGUUGAACAUACACCGCAGCAAGCCGAAGAACAAAACCAGUUACAUGGCAAUAUGCAAAUCAUUGAAAUGCCAAGCAACAAUAUCAGCAGUGAAAGUGAUUCGGACAGCAGCUCGGGGAGUGACUCAGAUAGUGAAUUAGGAAAAUACUUUUAUCCUAAAAUUGAGGAAUUAGAGAAUGCAAGACAACCAGAACCUGGAAUGAAAUUCCAAACCCUUGAAGAUGCGCACGGGUUCUACAAUACAUAUGCUCUCCUAACAGGUUUUGCAGUUAAGCGAGGUACAAAUUACAUGAGAAAGAAGUUUCACCUAGUAUGCAACAGGAGUGGCAAACCAAAGCCAACUCGGCUGAACAGGAAAAGGAAGAGAAGCUCUAUAGAGAAGACAAAUUGCCAAGCAAAGGUGAUAGUGAAGCUCACUAGGGGACAGUGGGAGUUCACGACAGUUCGCAAUGAGCACAACCAUCCACUGUGCCCUAGCGCUUCCCUCACAAAAUUUUUCUUGAGCCAUAAAGACAUAUCAACUGAAGAGAAAUCGCUUCUAAAAGUUCUGCAAAAAAGUAGGAUACCUCCCAAUAAAGUUAUGAAGAUCUUUAGGAGAAUGAGAGACAUACCGUUGAAGAAAAAAGACAUGACCGGUUUACAGUAUGCAGAACAUCGUAGAACAGAAAACUCAGAUGUUGAAGUAACGUUGAAGCACUUGAAAGAACUGGAGCUGCGGAACCCAUGCUUUCUCUACACGAAGCAAACAGAUGAAGACAACAUAGCUCGGAGUAUUUUCUGGAGUGAUGCAAGGUCGAAAUUGGAUUAUGAAAUUUUUGGAGAUUUCCUGUUGUUUGAUACAACCUAUACCACAUUUAGGCAUAAUAUGCCAUUCACUCCUAUUAUUGGAAUAAAUAACCAUGGGAGAACCCUAUUGUUAGGAUGCGCCUUGCUACAUGAUGAGAAAUCUGAAACUUUCAUAUGGAUGUUCCAGAAACUUCUGCAAAUGAUGGGAGGAAAAAUGCCAGUAUCAAUCAUAACAAACCAGGAUGAAGCUAUGGCAAAAGCAAUUGCAGAGGUCAUGCCGCAAGUAAGGCACAGGUUUUGCAAAUCGGAUGUAAUGGGUAAAGCACAGGAAAAGAUAUCAGCCUUCAUGGCAGUAAGAGGCAACAUAAAGGAAGAGCUGGAUAGCUUAGUUGACAAUUCACUGACGGAAACAGAAUUUGAAGAAGGGUGGAUUUCACUCAUUAAGAGAUACGAUGCAAGUGAGAACGAGUACCUAAGAAUCAUGUGGAAAACAAGGAAAAACUGGGUGCCUGUUUAUUUCAGGCAAGAUUUCUUUCCAUUUGUCGAAUCACAUGGACGUGGGGAAAGGAUGAACCUAUUGUUCAAAGACUAUGUUCUUACUAAUGACAGAAUAGAGAAAUUCAUUGAAAGAUAUGAGGAGAUACAAAAGGAAAUAAUAGAAACGGAUGAUGAAGAUAGACUUCAAACAGGAACUGUACCUUCAUGUUUCUCUUUGCACCCGAUUGAAAAGCAUGCAGCUAAUAUUUACACAAGGCAAAUAUUUCUGAAAGUACAGAGGGAAGUUCUCAAUUCUACAGCAUUCAAUGUGCAUGAGGUACAAAGAGGGGUUGUGUACCGACUGGACAAGGUUUUCAACUACGAGAACCCAGAGUUUGAUAGGAAUUACUUUGAAGUGAUAGUUGAACCUGGGACCAAUUCAUUCACAUGCCAAUGCGCAAAGUUUACCCGGGAUGGAAUACUUUGUUGUCACAUAAUCAGACUAUUCACGCAGUUUGGAAUCAAUGAAAUACCCGAGCAAUAUAUACUUCCCAGAUGGACUGACAAAUUCAGAGAAGAGAAGGCAAAACAGUACAAGGAAAAAUGCUUACGGAAGACAGAAAAUACAAUGAGGUAUGCAAAGUUUAUGAGUAAAAUGGCUGACCUGGGCAAAAGAAUAUGUGGUGAUGGUGCAAGAUACAAUGCAGCAAUGCUUGAAGUUGACAAGAUUGAAAAAAUGUCAACGGCUGAAGGAGAAAAUCCUGAAUUUGAUGAGUUAGACAGCAUGUGUUGUGGACAAGGGCCUAGGCAACAGAAGCAUUGGCAUGAUUGCAGGGCAGCUGAAGCCAUGUCCGACAUGUGCGGGAAUCAGGAUGUCCAGGUCCAGGUGGGUGCUCAUGUCCAGGAUGAAGGAUGAAGCAGAAUAGUCGAAUGUUUGGUUUAGGUAUACAGUACAUGAGGAGAGCUAGAUAGUGUGUGCGUUAUGUGUUAGAUGAAUUUUUCUCGCAAAAAAAAUGUGUCACUAGAUGAAUUCUCAAGAGAUAGUGUAUGCAUAUUGUGCUCAUGUCCAGGCAGUUCAUCCGAUUCGUGCAAUUUGUGCUAAAUUCCUGGCCUCAAGCUUACAAGACAGAUGAUUUUCGAUCCAGCAUUUUGGAGAAACAAUUGGCAUCUUCCAUUACUA